AUGCCGCCCACCCCGUCGUCCAUCAUCUCUGACGCACUCGGCUCCCUAUCGAAGGCCGCAAAUCUUGCACUAGCCACUAUUGAGGACCAAGCUCGAACAGAUGUUGCACGCGCGAAUGCCGAGGCGUCCGACGGUCGUCGUGAGCGCGACGAAGCACUCAAGGCCUUACACGCUCUCCGGUUAGAGGAGAAGGAAUGGGAGCGACGUGAGGAGGCAUGGAAAGCCGCGGUAGAUAAGUCAGAGUUGACAGUUAAGCAUCAGACUGAGACAAUCACUCAAUUACGCGGCGAGGCCCUUCAAUGGAAGACUCAGUUACUUAGGCUGGAGGAAUCGUCCCGCCAGGAGAUCGGUGACUGGAAGGAGCAGUACUUGCGUGCUGAGCAGGAGCGCUGUCGUCUUUCUUCCCGAAUAGAUGAGCUUGUUGCGGAACAACUUGUGUGGAACACACAUACGAAUGCUGCGACAGUCUUGGCAGCACCUCGCACACCAUACCCCGAAUUUUAUGAUUCUUCCGCGUCCUCCACCUUAUCCACAUCGACAAAACAAGCGUCUACCACAGUGUCCCACAUGCCUACGCUCGCUAAAUCCGGUACCCCGCGUAGUCAAGAUCUCGUCGAAGUAGUUGUUCCUUCCUCUCACAAAUCCAAAGCGAUAAUGCCGCUAUAUAGAGCACAUGAACCUUCCCUUCGUUCCCCAGUGGCAACCCCAUCGCGUGUGACAAAACAAAAGGUCCCUCCUCGCAUUACACAUGCAGCUUCGACUCCUACUUCUCGCGCCGACCUUGGUUCUCGUGGAGAAGCUCAGGUCAAAGUACAACAACAGCCUGUACAGCAUGUGGUCCGUCGCGUGCAGGCGACAAUCUCUGUACCUGUUAAAGAGGAGGAUGAUUCUGGUGCCGAUGAUUUGGAGUCUGACGCGUCAGGCUCCGCUUAUGAACCUGAAGACGAACAGUUGAUUAGACAAAGAAAAAGCGGCAGAACAUCUGCCAGGAGACAGAUCAGGCUUAUUUCUGAAGAUGGCUUGGACGGUCCAAAAGAGCAACAGCGUCACGCUCAGCGUGGGAGUGGGCGACACAGGCUUGUUCAAGCAGACGACUCCGAUGUAGAUGAACUUGCAAUGGGAGCAGAGGAAGAUAAUAACGACGCACAACGACUUGUUCAAAGGCCCAGUCUCCCCGAACAAAGUUCGCGUAACAAAACGACUGGUCGGCCCUCAACAGCCAAUACGACUAAGAAACGGAAGCAUGAUGAGAGCGUUCCAGCCGAGAAUGCUCGAGGAGUGACCGCGAAAGUGGCACGAAAGAAGUGA